CCCUCCUUCGUAUCUGCCAAAACACACAAACACAUACAUAUCCCUGUCUGUCCUCCUUCGUUUUAGCUUACAUUCUUUCUAAAUUUCUGUUGCAGAAUCCAAGACUUCGUUCGUUUUGUCUAGCAUCGGGUUCUUGAAUCUUUUCGUCGUCUUUACUGUUCGAUUCUAUGAAUUAGGGUUUCUUGUCUUUCGGUUGGCAUGUUCUUGUUGAAUUGAAUUGCUGGGUUUUCUGGGGAAUAAAUUAAUAAUUCCCAAUUCGAACGGGUUGGUUCGGAGAGUCUAGACAUUUGUCGUUUUAUUUAUCUGAAUUAUCGAAUUCCAUUAUAUUGGCUUGUGGGUGUUUGCCAACUUUUCCGAUUCUUUCCUUCUGAAUCUAUAAAUCUUGGUACGUUUUUUGAUUCGUCAGUCUCCAAACUAGACUGGGAGUUAGGGUUUUUAUUGAGAUUUCUUGCAUGAGAAGAUCGUUAAUGAUGAAUAAGUUUUGCGGUCAGGGAAGACGAUGAUUGAACAGAUGGUGAGAUCAGAAAUGCCGAAAAUUAAACGCUGCAAAUUGGAGGAAAUUGAUGGCGAGAAGGCGGAGAAUGAGAAUCGUCGUUACCCUUCUGUGAGUUUUACCAAGAAACGGAGAACAGAUACCGCGACUAAUGCUGAUGAUGGAGCCUGUUUUAUUGAUUAUGAAAAUGUUGUUAAUGCUUGGUGCACUGGAAUUCCAUGUACUCCUGUUGAUUUGAAGUCGAAUUCGGGUUCAAUUCAGCUACUGAAGUCUUCUCGAGGUCGUGUAUCAGUAUGCCCAUCGCGAUUUAGUGAUUCAGUUAUAGAUUUGUGGAAGAAAGAGAAUGAUAGUGAUGGUAAUAAGAGUUCAAAGAAGCGCAAAAUUCCAUUUUGUGAUAGGGAAUUAGUAUCCAAGAAACAGAGCGUAGAAGUGGAUGUGGGUUUUAAAGAUUCGCAUACUAGUUCAUCUAGGUCUGCAACUACCAUUGGUAAUAAUAUUUUCAAUGGCCAUGAGAAGGAGAGAAAGACAAUCAAGAAUGCAAAAGGGAAGGAACCUUAUCGAGCUCAAGAUUUUCAUGCAGGUGAUGUCGUUUGGGCAAAAUGCUCCAACAGGUUUCCAGCUUGGCCAGCGAUCGUGAUUGAUGCACAACAAGAAGCUCCUGCUUCUGUACUGAGGGCUUAUGUUCCUAAAACUGUUUGUGUGAUGUUUUAUGGAUAUUCGAAGAGAGGAACACGGGAUUAUGCAUGGGUGAAAGAUGGAAUGAUAUUUCCAUUUUUGGAGUACAUGGAAAGGUGUGUACUUAAAGGGUUGCAUCUUGGAAUUAUGUUUUCAAUGGUUUAUUUGACUUCAUUUGUUUUCAGAUUCCAGGGACAGACUCAAUUAUAUGGCUGCAAGCCAGAUGAUUUUCGUAAGGCAAUAGAAGAGGCAUACUUUACAGAAAAUGGCUAUUUGAAUACUGGCUAUGCGGACAAGCAAGAAUAUUCUACCGAAUCUGAGCUCAUUGAGAUCCAUGUGGGAACUGCUACGGAUCUUCAUCACGAAUAUUUCCACAAUAAGAAGUCACAGAAAUCAAGACAAAAUUGUGGCAUUUGCAAGAGGAUUUGGCAUCAUUCGGAUGGAGGAAAACAGAUAUGGUGUUCUGGUUGUAAUAUUUGGGUACAUGCAGAAUGCACCGAAAUUUCCAGCAAGUUCUUCAAGGAUCUGGAAAACAUUGAAUAUUACUGCCCAGAAUGCAAAGGGGAAUCUUCUGUUGAACAAUUAGCUGUAGAUAAAUGGCAACCAAAACUCAGAUCUACAGAAAGUAAUAGCCAGAGCAUGUUAACUGACAAAUUAAGUGUCAUCUGUAAUGGCAUGGAAGGGAUUUAUUAUCCAAAUCUUCAUCUAAUUGAGUGCAAGUGUGGUUCAUGUGGGACAAGGAAGCAAACCCCCUCUGAAUGGGAACGCCAUACUGGUUCCAGAGCGAAAAAGUGGAAGGUUAGCAUUAAAGUGAAGGGUUCGACGGUACCGCUGGAAAAAAUGCUUGCAGAUUAUAAUGUUGAUUAUGUUAAGGCUGCUUCAACUCAUUUGGAUGAACAACAGUUGUUUUCAUUUCUUCAAGAGAAAUUCGAACCUGUUUAUGCAAAGUGGACAACCGAACGAUGUGCUAUUUGUAGAUGGGAUGAAGAUUAUGACAUUAACAAAAUCAUUAUCUGCAACAGAUGUCAAAUAGCUGUUCAUCAAGAAUGCUAUGGAGUCCGAAAUAUCCAUGAUUUCACAUCUUGGGUUUGUAGGGCAUGUGAAACGCCUGAGGUCAAUAGAGAGUGCUGCCUCUGCCCUGUUAAAGGAGGUGCGUUGAAGCCAACUGAUAUUGACACCUUGUGGGUUCAUGUAAUCUGUGCAUGGUUCCGACCUGAGGUUGCUUUCCUAAGUGAUGAAAAGAUGGAGCCUGCAGCUGGACUUCUAAGGAUUCCACCUGAUUCAUUUGUUAAGGCAUGUGUAAUUUGCAAGCAAGUUCAUGGUUCUUGCAUACAGUGUUGCAAGUGUGCCACUUCCUUUCAUGCGACAUGUGCUUCACGGGCUGGUUACUGUGUUGAGCUGCAUUCGUCAGAAAAGGGUGGGAUAUACAACACCAAAUGGACAACAUACUGUGCAGUCCACAGGACCCCAGCAGAUAAUGGUAUUGUCAUCAAGACUUCUUCAGAGGUCUUUUGUGCAAAGGGAUUGCUUGAAAACCAGAAUCAGAAACAGAGUUUCAGGGGUUCAAGACUCCUAUUGCGCACAAACAUGGAACUCUCUGGUUCGUCAACAGUAGAGAACAAUGAGUUUGAGCCACUAUCUGCGGCUAGGUGUCGUGUUUAUAGAAGAUCAAGUACGAAGAAUGAUGUAAAGGAGGCAUUAUUCCACCGGUUAAUGGGCCCAAUCCAGCAUCCUGUAGAUGCUAUAGAUUGCUUAACCCCUCACAGUGAAGUUCAAGAUUUGAAUACUUGUUCUACGUUCAAGGAACGGCUUGACAGUUUACAGAGGAUGGAAAAACAUCGUAUCUGUUUUGGUAAAUCUGGAAUACAUGGAUGGGGCCUCUUUGCACGCCGGAAGAUACAAGAAGGAGAAAUGGUUCUUGAAUACCGUGGUGAGCAGGUGAGGGGCAGUGUUGCAGAUUUGAGGGAGGUGCAAUAUAGGUCUCAAGGCAAAGAUUGCUAUCUCUUUAAGAUCAGUGAGGAUAUUGUAAUUGAUGCCACAAACAAGGGUAACAUGGCACGCUUAAUCAACCAUUCGUGCAUGCCGAACUGCUAUGCUAGGAUUUUGAGUAUGGGUGAAAACGAGAGUCGGAUAGUCCUCAUAGCUAAAACCAACGUUGCGGCUGGUGAUGAGUUAACGUAUGAUUACAAAUUUGAUGAAGAUGAGCAGGAUGAAGUUAAAGUCCCGUGUUUAUGCAGAUCUCGGAAUUGUCGAAAUUUCAUGAACUAAACGAGCGGGAUACUUACUUUUUGUGUUCUUAUAGCAUGUUAUCUUCUUUCUUGGAAGUUGGUGAUUUCUUCGGUCAAGUCCAUGGCCAUGCUAUGUGUAAUUACCUCUUUACCCCUUGCGGAA